GGCCCCACCCAUUUUCCUUGAGCGUUUGUUGUGCAAGAGUCAGAAGAAGACACAUACGGUAAGAAAUCUCUUCCAAUCCGUCGCCUGUUUUCACUGUCUUCCCUGAAAGGUCUUCUUAACGUACAUUGCUUGUGUUUUUUCCCUGAAGUGACCGUUUCUGAUCACCGCCGUCUGGGGACGUGGAACUUGGUGACCGUUUCGCUCUUUCUCGCGAGAGACUUCAAAAUUCCGGGUCAAAGUAGCUGUAGCAGAUCCUCGGCGGGAGUGAGUUUUGUCUUGACUGAAACCUACUACUGUGAGCGACCGGAAGGUCUCUGUCUGCACAAGGAGAAGUUGGACGUGAACUCCGAGGCUCCGUGGGAGCCAAGCUAGCACCAGCUAGUGGAGAACCGGAGAGACUCUUACCCUAGUACCAUACUGUAUUCUACUAUAGUUUGUCCUCCAAUCUACCACCCACUUCGCCAUCACUUGACUUCAGUACACCAGAUUGGUAUUCAUCAAUCGUUAUACGCCGUGGGACUCUGUUUAGGCAUAAAUUUAGGAGAAGAAUAAUACGCAUCCAGAAAAUAGCUUUUUCGAGAGAAAUUGAAUUUGUCGUCACUUUUCGUCUGUCCUACAUCGUCAACUCGUCCAGAUCUCAAAACGAUGUCGCUGGCUCUGAAGUCUGGUGACCGUGUCCCCGUGGUGACGGUUGCCACGGGGACCACUCUGGGAGCCCAGGUUCAGUCUCAGGUCUCGUCGACUGGAAGAGAAGACAGGGAGGACCCGUUCUACCUGGUUGACUUGGGAAGACUGGUGGAGCUGCACCAGCUGUGGAGCGCUGCGUUGCCGGGCGUUCACCCGUUCUACGCCGUCAAGUGCAACAACGACCCAGUGUUGAUGCAGACACUGGCCGCUCUGGGGUGUGGCUUCGACUGUGCCAGCAAGGCUGAAAUCAAGAGUGUACUUGACCUGGGCGUCUCAUCUAAAGUACGCCUGCAAAAGGGCGUGGCCACCAUGACCUUUGACAACGAGGUCGAACUCUACAAGGUGAAGACGCAUUACCCGACUGCUCGUUUGGUGCUGCGUAUCCGUGCCGACGACCCCAGUGCCCUCUGUCAGCUGGGGGUCAAGUUUGGGUGUACGGUGGACGAGGGGAAGAAGUUGCUGCUGCGAGCGAGAGAUAUGGAGCUCUGUGUGGUGGGGAUUAGCAAUGAGGCCUCGCCCUACCUAAUUUCCAUGUCGGCAGCAACUCCAAGAACCCGCAGGUGUUCCCGGCGGCUCUCGAGAUGUCUCACCAACUCUUCGUCUUCGGAGAGUCACUCGGUUUCAGUUUCAACAUCCUCUGACAUCGGGGGAGGAUUUCCAGGCACCAGGGAUUCAGAGGGUUUCUUCACGCACCUGACGGACGUCCUGAAAGAGGGAUUAGGGCGGUAUUUUUCAGGUCGUCCUGAACUCAAGAUCAUUGCCGAACCAGGUCGUUUCUUUGCCUGCUCCACUCACACCCUCGCGGUCAAUAUCAUCAGCAAGCGAGAGGUUUCCGUGACGACGCCAAACCAGGAGACCACACCCACUUUCAUGUACUUUGUGAACGACGGAGUGUACGGGUCGUUCAACUGUAUCUUGUACGAUCACAUCACCCCUACCCCUUUCGUUGUCAAGUCUCCUCCAGCAGGAGCUACGGUUCAUGCGUCCAGUUUGUGGGGUCCAACAUGUGACGGACUGGACAAGAUAUGUGAUUCCUCACUCCCCCUACUGCAGGUUGGAGAUUGGCUCUAUUUCCCUGACAUGGGUGCGUACACCGUCUCGGCCGCGUCAAACUUCAACGGGUUCACCAAGCCCAUGACUUACUACGCUGUCUCCGAAGACCUGAGGCAGCGGUUUCUCACUGUAUGGAACAGUGAACUUGACUCUGGUGCACAUUUUCGUCUUCCUCCCCCUCCCCCACUCCACCGAGACAACGUCGACGACGACGAUCCCCAGUUGCCCCUGGCAACAACCGAUCGUCCUGGUUGUUGUGACAACCUGGCUGCCCCACCCCAAGAACUCGUGCCUGUAUUUUGAAUAUAUAUAAUUAUAUAUAUAUACCAUUUGGCGAAAACUGAUUUGAUUAUGCAUUAUAUGACGUCCUGGUCACUAUUUUUAUUUUCCAAUUAUUAUGUACCUGCAGUUGAAAAACUUUUUUCUUGCAUAUACAAUUAUGAACUGUUGUGUUUCCAUGGGGAUAAAGAAUAUCAAAAAUGUCAUUAUUAAGAUCAUGAUCAUCCUUUGACCUAGGUUAUUAGUCAG